UUUCCAAAAUCCUGGUUGUACAGUGUACAUUGAACGCACCUUUAAAGGUUGAAAACAAUGGCGGACGACUAGAUUUAGCGUAUUCUUGCAUAUGGUAAAGCUGUAAAUAAUGGCCUCAUUUGGCUGGAAGAGGAAGAUUGGGGAGAGGGUUUCAAAGUCAGUGGUUGAGCAGUUUGAGGCCGAAGAGGAGAGAAGUGAAAAUAACAGUGAGGUCGAUCGGGAUGAGGAGGUGGACUGGCUGCACGCCAUCAAACGGAAGAAGGAGAUCCUGCUGGAGGACUGUGCUGCGAAGAGCAGGAGGCUGAAAGAGGAAGGGACCAGGCUGGCUGAGGAGGGCAGGCACUGGGAGGCCAUAAAGAAGUGGGAUGAGGCUAUUCAGCUGACUCCAGACAACUCACUGCUGUACGAAAUGAAAUCUCAGGUGCUGACCAUUCUGCAUGAAGUGUUUCCAGCAGUGAAAGCGGCAGAGCUGGCUGUGAAGUUCAAGCCAUUGUUCUGGGAGGGCUGGCAGACUUUGGGCCGAGCGCAGCUCAACCUGGGAGAGGUAGACUUGGCUGUGAGGUCCUUCCAGAUUGCCAUCCACUUGUGUCCCUCAGAGCGUAGCCUGUGGCAGGAGGAUUUGAAAUGGGCAUGGACCUUACAGAAGCAGCAGUUGGCCACCAAAGAGAAGAUUAGACAAGAGGAGGAGACCAAAAAGCAGGUUCUUAAUGCCCCUGAGCUGGAGCAGGACUACGACUUUGAGUCAGAUGAAGUCCUAGCUGCCUGUGUGGCCGUCGCUGAGAGACAAACGCACUACGAGGAGUUGAGGAGGACCAGCGUGGUCAUCGAUGCUGAGGGGAAUGUACGAAGUGUAGUGAGUGGGGAAGAGGGAUCACAGGAUGCAGAUACACCAGCAAAGGAGGAGUUUGUUAAAGCAAGAGGACUCUGAACUGCUCUCAUGUUGAACUGAUUAUUGUGGGCAAAGCAUAAAGCUAACAUUAGGAGAAA